GGAGGCAAUAGAAAACUAGAUGGUGGAAAUUGAAAAGGGCAAAAUUUUGCUGUAAUUGUAGUACUUACUCGACCUUGUUAAUCGGACAAAAACAAAAACAACGACUACUUGCACCAAAAAUGAUAGAAACAUGAUUAGGGAUCUCUUUCUCUUUGCGAUAACUUCUCUUACUCUUUGCGACAUACAUCCGGGCUCUUGCGAAGAUAAUGACAGACCCUUCGCCUACGGAAUCCGAACCCGCAAAACCGGAAGCCGUGCCGUGCGCAGUAACAGAUUCUGCGCCAACGGACGAAAAAAAAUGCGAAACGAAACCUGAAGCGGCAACAGCUUUAGAAUAUGAAUGGGUUAGAUCAUAUCAGAGGACUAUCCCUAUCUACUCUAGCACCAGUUGUAAUAUUAAAUCACGAUUCAGAGGACUAUCCCUAUCUACUCUAGCACCAGUUGUAAUAUUAAAUCACGAUUCAGAGGACUAUCCCUAUCUACUCUAGCACCAGUUGUAAUAUUAAAUCACGAUUCAGAGGACUAUCCCUAUCUACUCUAGCACCAGUUGUAAUAUUAAAUCACGAUUCAGAGGACUAUCCCUAUCUACUCUAGCACCAGUUGUAAUAUUAAAUCACGAUUCAGAGGACUAUCCCUAUCUACUCUAGCACCAGUUGUAAUUAAUAUUAAAUCACGAUUCAGAGGACUAUCAGUAUCUAGUGUAGCACCAGUUGUAAUGAAUCACGAUCAACAACAAUAACAAGUUUUCCUUCAGGACGAGGACUGAACAGGAGGCCCUUCUCAAACUUUCAUCAAGUGAAAGGUCAUGUUCUCAAUAGCAGCCAGACGCAGUUACAACUACCCUGUGUGUUCGUGUCCCAACUUCUUAUUUGUAUUCCACUUUCAUUCCCCAGACGUGGAGUUAGUUGCAGCCGACACAGCAGCCGACGCAUCGCUAUCCCCAGCAGAGCAUGACGGCGAUCCUGCCAAAGAUGGUGCAGCCAUUUUCAUGCUCGUAAAUCCAAGUAGUGGAGCAAAGCAAGGCGCUUCUUAUAUGAAAUUGGGCUCGCCAGUGAUCGCGGGUGACGAAAGCAGUGGUCGAAAGCUCCGGUUAGAUGUCAGUGCUGGUCGGGCAACGCUUUACUUCUACGAUUUAUGAUUGGAUCAGGAGGACCAGGACGAGGACGUAGAUAUUUGACAAUCCUCUUCUACGCGUACUUCUAGGAUUUAUCCGUUCAGCACAAGUUGUUCUGGUGAACAAGUUGUUCAUGUUCUAUUCCGCUAGACAGAACCACUAAACUAAGUACACCCUUCCUCUAAUCCCUCUCCGUGCCGGCAAAUCUGGUGAUAAGCCCGGUUUUAAACACCUAGCACGAACUGAAAAGAAGCUUAGGAAGGACAAUGAAGCGCUUGCUGGAAGUAAGAAGAUACGUGUCAUAGUAUGUGGUGGCGAUGGCACAGUAACGUGGGCGUGCGACGAGAUGAUAAAACAUGGGGUACAGUAAUACUAGAAGCUACUAGUACUACUGAUCAUGCUUGAUGUUGAUGUUCGUUUUUCGUCUUCAUCAUUUGACAAAAGAAAAUAGAGACUCUUCAGUCCUUGUUUACAACCCUUGCCUUACUCUAUACCUGUGCUUGAAUUACUUAAUACAUAAACAUCGCUUCAUGAAUAUUCCCCAAAUCCUUGUGAGUUGUGAUCAAAUUCAGGUUACCAAAUACCAGAAGCAUUCAUAAAAGUGCCUCCACCAGGUCCCCUUCACUUCCCUUCUCCUUGGCAUCGUUGCUUUUGGUACCGGCAACGAUUUUUCGCAGUCCUAUGGGUGGGGAAAAUGGGCUAGAACCAACUUACUCGGAAAAGACAAUGUCUUUUUGAAAAAAGAUGUGGUUAAGGCUUCUCCAUAUUAAAGAUAAAUAUAAAUUUAUCUUCUUCUUGUAUGUUCAUCGAGGAAGCUCAUUGAAUUUAUUCUUGAAUCAUGAUGAGCAUCAUGGGACCUCUGUUUUGAAGAGGGGAAAAGUAGGUUCACCUCCGCUUUGAAGUGAUGGAACAAGCUUGUAGUUUCUCAGAAAUGUAGUACAGAGUAGUUUAUAGCACGCAUGGUGCAUGGAGUGCAUGGAGUAGCAUGGAGUGCAUGGAGCGCAGAGCUGUAAGGGGCGCAAGAAGCUCCCCCUUUAGCUCCAUGCUACUCCAUGUGAUCCAUGCACUCCAUGCCAUGCGAGCUGUGAAACCUUAUAAAUUGCUCUGGUAGUAGUUUAACUUAAACAAAUACAGAGUUAAAAAAGAAGUGAGCAGCUGAGCUGUAGUGAAAAAAGAAGUGAGCAGCUGAGCUGUAGUGAGAUACAGUAGUUCUUCAGGAUGCAUUUAUUUCUACGGAAGAUAGAUCAUCUAAGGUGGAUACAUGGCUGCAAAGUCCGGAUAGCCCACACGACCUGUGGGAAGUCGAGGUCGAGACGCAUGAAAAGGGAGAUUUUGCUUUCGUGACGGGAUAUAAUAAGAAGUUAUGGUCCACCUAAGUUCUUGCUUGGGUUGUCUAAGUUGCGUAGGUUAGCAACAUCUUAGGCACGACAAAGAUGAGGAUAAUCUGCUCUUCUAACACCAGGCCUUACAGACGGAGCAAGGGUGCAGCAUCAUAUAACAGAAAUCGAAGGCAAUGGGAUGAGGUGUACGAAGUUAAGGCUUCAAAGGCCGUGUUGCCUAAAGCUAAAUAAUGUCCAUCGAUUUUCAAAUCUACUGAGAAACAGGAGUACGGGUCUUCCCGUUAUCCAUAUCUUCCGCAGAAGUGUCUUGUUGCCUUCAUACGCCGCGAUAGAGCUAGUAACAUAAUGCAACAGCAACUCGUCUCACAAUAUUACUUUCUCCAUCCCGAUUCUCACUCUCGGCAGUCUCCCCAGGACCUCUCUCUGUAACCCCAAGCGUGAGUUGCUAUUAUUUCAGUUCUUUUCCCUCUCUCUAAUCUCCAGCGUCAGUUGCUAUUUCAGUCUCGGCCCAGAGAGUCGCGUUGGCAUGGGCAUGGAAAGAAGGCGGAAGAAAACUUGGAUAGGCAACAAGUUGAUGUACGGCGCCAAUGGGAUUGCAACGUAUUUCAAGAGGAAUCCGCUGAUCAAAGACGUAAUAGAAAGGUUCGAGGAAGAGUUGCCUGACGGGUCAACGAAAACCAUCUUUCAGUUGGACAAGCUGAAGGAUGAGCCAUAUUUGAGACGGAAUCCGGCUGUUUUUGCGAUGCUAAAUACGGAUACGAUAGGAGGGUACUCGUACGUCUAAAAAAAUUGCUCCUCUUGCUCUUGUGAUCAUCAACAUCUUCAGAAGAAACAAUGUGAAGAUGUUUCAGAUCGUUCAUGUGAAGAUGUUUAGUACUAUUCAUUGGUGCCAUGUUCUUGUAGUGGAUGUCGAUGUCGUGGCAUCUACAACUGUGCCGCCAUUGUAGUUGGUGCACCUUUAAGAUCACAUUCUCGACCUGCAGCUAGUAUCUUGUGACUGAAUCUGAAGGUUUCAAGUUCAAGUUCGACCACACCAGGAAAAGAAAAACACUAGGAAAAAAAUUGAUAUUUUCUUACCUUCCUCACAACCGUGACCACUGAAGGUUUCGACUAAACAUUUUCUUAUCUCACAACUUCAGCGGCGUCCACGCCUGGGAUCGCGGCACCCUAAAAAUUUCACAAUUUCUUGCCUCACAACUUCAGCGGCGUUCAUGCAUGGGACCGUACCGUUAGACGGCCUGCCAGCAAGAUUUCCGGCAAAAACGCAAAAGCAUCUGAAUCGCAGUUAGUGUCGGAGUUAGGCUACAGAACCCCUCACGAGAUGGGAAAUGGAAAGGCAGAUUAUCUAGUCUGGGAGCAUUUUCGGGAUUUUUCGACCGAAAUGGGACUCGGAUUGUGUUGCAGUGUACUUUUUUUUUGCGCACAGAAGAAGAAAUUUUUUUAGAUGUCUCUUUUAUGAACAAACGGACACGCUUGUGGAAGGGAUCAAAAUUUAGGGAAAAUUAGGGGAUAUUUAAGGAGGAUUUUCGGAAAAAGUUACUUUUAAGUGAAUGAUUUUCGUUUCAAAUAGUGGUCUGAUCAACUUCACUUUGAACGCUUUGGUUUUGACUGUCGCUGAGUACAGUUUUAGCUUCUUAGAUUUACCUUCUGCGCGAUGGCCUUUGACGGUCUUUGUUUUUGGGAGUGUGAAAUUGCUUCGGAAGGUAGGAAAUCUUUGGACAGCGGAACCGGGUUCAAGGAUCGUGAGUUAUGGUCUGCUGAAGUCGAUGUUGAGGGGUAUGGUUUCUUCGUGGCUGCGGGGGCGUCCCAGUGCCGCUGAUUGAGCAUGCUGAAGCCUUUGGUUCAGGAUCGUGAGUUUUCAGGUUAUGAAUUCGGACCGCAAUGACCCGAAGACAGAUUCAUUGCAUUGUUGAUACUGUGUUCAUUUUCUUCGUUGCAUGAGUAUGAAAAAACACGGAAUGAAUUCAUCAGUAGGGCGAGGAAGAGGCAGGUGGUACUGCAUUGAGCUCGCGGCAACAUAGGAAGAAUGGUAGCGCAAGAUCGAAGAUGGCGACGCGGUCAUCGGAUGGCGAUUCAUCGGAGCCGCAUGUUGUUGGCAGUGCUCCUCCUAGGAGGAUUGUUUUUGGUCAUUUUUUUUUCAAUACUUUCCUCAAAUAUUUCAUUCAGCUAGGUGUGGAAGUGGAGGAUUGCGCGAUGGAUACCGGUGGUUCAGCAGGGAGAUUAUACUUCAUCUGAGAAGUUGGGGAUGAAGGGGAAGAGCGCAGCAUCAAGGGGAGUGCGCUUUUCGUCACUAUUCAGUUCUUCACAGCUUUUAUGCUUAUUGAUUUUUUGUGAAACCAUACCAGUGCGAACGAUCAUUUCUACUACUUGUCCAUGACGAUGAUCUUGUUCUUGUUCUUGCUGUUGUAAAUUUAUUUGAUAAUAUUACUUUUCUCCAACAUUGUCAACGUGAUGAUCAUUAAAAUUUCUCGCAUUUUAUUACGAUUCUAUCGAGCGAUGUCGUGCUCCACUUGCGUGGGCGUGCUCCAACAUCAAUGAUCGUUAGUGAAUGUUCUUGCUGUUUUUGUAGCGGCGUCUGCUGGUUUCUUGUUCGCUGACUAUAGCACUCUCCACAACGCUUGAUCUCAAAACUACAGUUCACCACAUAUUUUCCUUGCGCGUGUAUUCCUUCUUGCUGGAUUAUUGACGUUUCGUCAGAUUUAUUACUUGCUCCUGUUCCUUUGCGGGCGCAGCUCAUGGACCUU